CAUGUUCAUCAAAUAACUAACGAAGUCAGCAAUGAAACGCGUUUUUAAGCUAUUUUACUCUUGUUGGAAAUGACGUUUUUUUUCUGCUGAGCGGAGCCGUGUUCGUUGCGGUCAAUCUGAACCGGAUUGAUUCCUCGUGUUGUGAUGGCUCUCGGUAGUGAAGUGAAUGAUAACUCCUCUAAAAAUGCAUCCCAAAAAGUGAAAAAAUGUCCUGCGAACAAUACUGUGAACGACAAGAGUAGCUGUGGCAAUGUUAACAAUGCUGAAAAACAAGAUAAACAAUCGGCAAAAAUGAAGAACGAUAAGAAGGAGGUAUGCGUAAAGCCGGUGGUUUGUAGUAACGGGCAUGCGAGUACGCCUAACGGUCGAGCGGACGACGAGGGCGGUGGCGGCAGCGCGCCGGCACCACGUGUGUCGUAUGCGGCUGCAGCGCGCAAACCACCUUCGCCACAAAUCAACAAUACUCCCGCGCCCUUCCCCCUUAGUACAGAUAUACAAAAAGCAAAGGCUAAUGGUGAGAAGACGUCACAACCGAAAUCCGGAAUAUGUACAAUGAAAGUAAACGGAGAAGGAUCAAUACCCAGCGAAAAAGAUAGUAAGGAUGAUAAAAUAGGUACCAAAGAACCAAUAGUAAACGGCACAGAAAAAAUAGAGACCAUAGUUAAUGGUGAUCCAAAAAAAGAAUUAGAUUGUGAUAUUAGUAGUAGUGAUAAUGCUAAAGUAGUUUCUAAUGGAAUUAACAGUGACUCCGAUGACCCUAAACUGAAUAAGUCUGAAGAAAAACCGGAGGUUACAAAACUUGUUUGUCCCAAUAAGCCUGAAGGUAAACAAGUUUCUGAGAAAAAGAAAGAUAAAAAGGCUAAAAUGGCAGACAAGUCUAAUGAUUCGGAAAAGAAAAAAGAAUCCGCUAAGAACAAAAAUACCGAACAGAAAAAAGAUGAAGCUACUGUAAAUAAUGUUGAGUCUGAUAAAGCUAACGCUGAUAAAGUUAACGGGGAUAGCAGUAAGGCAGUGAAUGGAGAUGGGGACAGGGAGUCUUCUCCGAGUGAAGAUGGCGAUGAGAAAAAGAGAGACGCUGAAGUUGUGUUUAUUCAAGAUAUGGGCUUCACUGUCAAGAUUGUAAGCCCGGGUGCCGAACCAUUAGACAUACAGGUUUCAAGUAUGGAGCUUGUGCAAGAAAUCCAUCAAGUGCUGAUGGAUCGCGAGGACACGUGUCACAGGACCUGCUUCUCUCUGCAACUAGAUGGCGUGACUUUAGACAACUUUGCUGAGCUCAAAAAUAUUGAAGGAUUAAAAGAAGGGUCUGUUAUAAAAGUGGUAGAAGAGCCUUACACAAUGCGCGAAGCUCGCAUCCACGUUCGUCACGUCCGUGAUCUUCUCAAGUCAAUCGAUUACACGGACGCUUACGCCGGACAAGAAUGCAGUUCUCUCGCCUUCCUCAACGUCAUCACUCAAGGAGACAUUCUAGAAAAGAAAAAGUCCCGUCCAGAGAGUGUGGACUGCACUCCUCCAGAUUACAUCAUGCCGGGCAGUACCGAGCGUCCAUUGUUGCCACUUCAUCCUGGUCUCACUAAGGAGAACAAAGCUCCUCAAUGCUUGAAGGUUCUAACCACCUCUGGCUGGAACCCGCCGCCCGGCCCCCGCAAGAUGUGCGGCGAUCUGCUGUACUUGCAUGUCGUUACUCUCGAAGACCGCCACUUCCAUAUCACGGCGUGUCCCCGGGGAUUCUACCUUAACCAGUCCACUGAAGAAGUAUUCAACCCUCGGCCGGCGACUCCAUCUCUCCUCUGCCAUUCUCUGAUCGAGUUGCUGAGUAUAGUAUCCCCGGCUUUCAAGCGUAACUUCGCCCUGGUACAGAAGAAACGCAUGCAGAAGCAUCCCUUUGAAAGGGUGGCUACCCCCUACCAGGUGUACCAGUGGGCGUCGCCGAUGCUGGAUCAUACUAUAGAUGCUAUACGUGCUGAGGAUACAUUCUCAUCAAAGCUGGGUUACGAAGAGCACAUUCCCGGCCAAACUCGUGAUUGGAACGAGGAGUUGCAGACAACCCGCGAGCUGCCGCGCUCCACCCUACCGGAACGUCUGCUGCGCGAGCGAGCCAUCUUCAAGGUUCACAGUGAUUUCGUGGCAGCAGCUACUCGCGGCGCGAUGGCCGUCGUUGACGGUAACGUGAUGGCCAUCAACCCCGGUGAGGAGCCCAAGAUGCAGAUGUUCAUAUGGAACAACAUAUUCUUCUCGCUUGGCUUCGACGUGCGUGACCACUACAAGGACCUUGGUGGCGAUGCUGCGGCUUUCGUUGCACCGCGUAACGACCUCCAAGGCGUGCGCGUAUACAGUGCUGUCGACACAGCCGGCCUGCACACGCUGGGCACCGUCGUCGUGGACUACCGCGGCUACCGCGUCACAGCCCAGUCCAUCAUCCCGGGCAUCCUCGAGAAGGAGCAAGAACAGAGCGUCGUUUAUGGUAGCAUUGACUUCGGAACCACUGUGCUAUCACACCCCAAGUAUAUGGAGCUGCUAAGCAAAGCCGGACAGCAGCUUAAGAUAAUGCCUCACUCGGUGAUCAGCGCUAACGGGGACACGGUCGAGCUGUGCUCUAGCGUGGAAUGCAAGGGUAUCAUCGGCAACGACGGUCGACACUACAUACUCGACCUGCUGCGAACCUUCCCGCCUGACGUCAACUUCCUGCAGCUGGAAGAUGACGAGCUCAGGGAGGACAUCAAAUCCAUGGGUUUCCCAAUAAUUCACAAGCACAAACUCUGCUGCCUUAGGCAGGAACUAGUUGAUAGUUUUGUUGAGGCUCGUUACUUUAUGUUCAUCCGUUACGCCGCCUUCCACUUGCAACAGUUAAGUGCUAAGCGUCAACGAGACACCGCUGAACAGAAAUCUAUUGAAGCCAACAAGGAGACUGAAACGAAGGAGGCCAAUGAGACUGAAACCAAGGAAGUGAAACGCGAGACCAAGAGUCAGGAGAAAGAGAAAGAGCCUGUCAAAGAAAAGAAAAAGAAAGAGGAUAAGAAAGAAAAAAGUGCCAAAAAGGAGGAAGUCAAAGAAGGAGAAGGGGACAAAGCUGAAGCUAAAGUUGAGAAGAAGGAUGAUGAUUUGCUUCUCAAUGAGAAUUACUCUGAAAUUGAUACUGAUGUCGCUAAGAAGAUUGUUGAGAGCAUUACCGACUCUAUCUGCAGUGGUGGCGAUAAACAAGAGAGUGAUUCUGGCGAACGUUCCCGUGCGGUAGUAGCGGCCGCUGCUCGCGCAGUUGCCUCCCUUAAGGAGUCUGAGUUCGACGUCCGCUUCAACCCCGACGUGUACUCCGCGGGCAUCAAGCACGCCGCCUCGCCCGAACAGCUGGCUAAACAGCGCCAUCUAGUGAAAGAGGCUGCUGCUUUCUUACUUACCACGCAGAUACCUGCUUUCGUACGUGAAUGCCUGGAGCACACCGCCGCGCCCAUGGACGGCGCCGGCCUAACUGAAGCCCUCCACGCGCGCGGCAUCAACGUGCGCUACCUGGGCCGUGUGGCCGCCGCCCUACGCCCGCACGCACCGCUGGCCUACCUGCACGCCAUCGCUCUCGCCGAACUGUUGCUGCGUGCCGCUAAACAUAUCUAUACUGGAUAUCUGCAGGGUUGCGAGGCAAUGUGCAUUGGUGCAGCAGUGGCACACUUCUUAAGCUGCCUGAUAGGGGCUUGUCCCAACCCAGCUGCGGGAGUAUCCGAGGGUCCAGGCUCUGUCCGCGGCGCCCGUGGGGCGGGGCCUCCGCGCGGUGGGCGUGGCCGUCGUGCUCGUCGAUUGGCUCACUCCACACCAGCUCCACCCUCGCCUCAUCCUGAUUGGCAGAAUCUUACUCCUAAAGCGCUCUUCUCGCAAAUCAAACAAGAACUUAAGGCCUACUGGGGAUACGAACUUAACGCGGAUAGCAUGGAUUCGGUUAUUGAGAAACAUGGCUUACAAAAGAUUUCUCUGCUCAGAUCCUUUGCCCUGAAAGUCGGUCUGCAGUUGAUGUUACGUGAAUAUGACUUUGAAAACAAGAAUAAGGCUCCAUUCGCUGCAUCAGAUAUAAUGAACAUCUUCCCAGUUGUCAAACAUAUCAAUCCACGAGCGUCCGACGCAUACAACUUCUACACGACAGGCCAGAACAAGAUCCAAGCUGGAGCCGUGUCCGAGGGUCACGAGCUAAUCGCCGAGGCCCUGAACCUGCUGAACAACGUGUAUGGCGCCAUGCACGGCGAGAUCGCGCAGUGUCUCCGCAUGGUGGCGCGACUGUGCUACGUGACAGGGGAACAUAGGGACGCCAUGGCUUACCAGCAGAAGGCCGUGCUUAUGUCCGAGCGGGUCAACGGAAUUGAUCAUCCUUAUACUAUUACUGAAUAUUCCCACCUGGCAUUGUAUUGCUUCGCCAACGGUCAAGUGAGCACCGCCCUCAAGCUACUGUAUCGUGCUCGUUACCUGGCUCUGCUUGUCUGCGGCGAGAAUCAUCCAGAGAUGGCGUUGCUUGACAGCAACAUAGCCCUGAUCCUGCACGCGGUGGGCGAGUACGAGCUGUCGCUGCGGUUCGCGGAGCGCGCGCUGGGCGUGACGGCGGGCUCGCAUGGCGCGCGCUCGCUGAAGGCGGCCGUGGCGCGCCAUCUGCUGGCGCGCACGCUCUCCUGCCUCGGGGACUUCCGCGCCGCGCUGCAGCACGAGAAGGAGACCUACUCCAUCUACAAGCAGCUGCUGGGCGAGAAGCACGAGAAGACCCGCGAGUCGUCGGAGUGCCUGCGGCACCUGACGCAGCAGGCGGUGGUGCUGCAGAAGCGGCUGGCGGAGGCCUACGCGCGCGCGCCGCACGCCGCGCCCGCGCCGCCGCCGCUGCACAUCCAGCCGCCCGGCAUGGCCUCCGUCAUCGACAUGCUCAACCUCAUCAACGGGAUCCUCUUCGUGCAGAUCAGCCCGCAAGACAUCGAGCAAUUCAAAGCCGAGAUAGAGAAAAGACAGUUGAAGGACUUGCCGAUCCCCGGCGUGGCGGGCGAGCCGGGCGCGGCGGCCGCGGACGAGGCCAAGCCGCACGGCGACAGUUGAAGCCGGGGCCGCGCCUACACACACCAUGUUCCACUCAUAUUGGACAUUUAACUAUAUACAUUGUUACUUUAAUAUAAUUAUUGAUUGAUGAUAUUGUUCCUUAUCUAUGAAUGUAUGCGGUAGUGAAUAGUGUGCUAAGGUUUGAUGUAGAUUUUUUUGUUAGUAAAAUUUUGACGAUAUUAUUUUGAUCAAAUAAUUAAGUGUUAUUUUGAAUGAAUUCUCGCGGAGUGCGAUAGGUUGAUGCAUGUGCGUACAUUUCGCUCAAAUCACGCAGAUCUAGUUUUAAUUUUACGCUUCCGUUUGGAAUUCACAAUUUAUGUACACCCAAAGUAGUGCAAUUUCAAGUAGUGAUAAUAGCAAUAAGUUUUGGUUGUGAACCUGAGACCGUGUGCGUCGCUAUGUUAUGGUAACUGGUGCUACUGCCAAUUUGUCCUUCGUAUAUAUUAUAAUGGUUUUAUGAAUUGUUAUUGUCGAGUAUUAUUUUUUUUAAACUAGUACGGGAGUAUAGUGUUGAAACACCUGUAGCAGUAGAAAUUCAGUUAUAUUGUGAUUGAAAUGUAACAGGAUGUGUUGGCGCCGGCGCCGAGCGAGCUGGCCGGCUGCCGCGGGUCGCAAGCCGAAGUCCUCGAAUUAUCUGCAUGCUAAAUUAUAGUAGGUUAUGAAGAACAACUUAACGAGUUCCGCUCGAUAUUUACAAACACUGCCUUUAAUGUUACAUUUUAGUUUCAGAUUUUAGUUGUUAGUGCCAUAUAUGAAUGUAGUGGAUGUAAGUUUGUGUAAUAUUUUCGUUAGUCUGUGAUAUAGCAUGUUUAUCAUCAAGCCACUUGCCUUUUUACGCAAUAAAAAGUAUCUGACAUAGUUUCGGCUUCCAUAUCUGUUUGGUACGUAUAUUUAAGAACUAUAAAAGCAACAAAGCGUUAAUUAGUGAAUGUAAUAUAAUUAAUGGUAUACUAAACUUGUCGUCGAUAUAAUGUAAUAUACGAUACGGGCCUUGUAAAAGAUACAUAGCUACGGUGUAUUCAUGUUAUACUUCUAAAUAAAAAUCAACUAUUCUUAUAAUGGUAUUGAUAUCUUGUCAGUGACGCCAAAUGAACAAAUGUUGAGUGUUCGUUUUGGGGGAAAAAAAUGUAUUUUAAGAGUACUCUGCCUUUCGAAAUCUAUAGUUUCUAAUGUCAUGUUGUUAACAGUGUCGCUACAUAUCCGAAUUAGCUUUGUUGUGUGGUUGUAGUUGUCAAAGUUCGCCGUUCAUCGAAUACUAGGCCUUCAAGAAACAGUUGCCUUUCUGUAACGUGAAGAUAUCAUAUUUGAAUAACACGCGUCAUGAUACCUGUUGGCAGUAAUACCCAUGCUAUGUUCAUAUUGUUCAUGUUAUUGUUUCUAGCUGUCGUAAUGUUAUAACCUAAUGUAGUAGUGUAUUAUUGGUUAACAUAUAUGCGCUUUCGAGUCAAUUCUCUCAUGUAGUUUACAUCUGUUUUUAAUUAGUCGAAGUCAUACAUUUUGUAUGCAUACUUAUACAAAUCGCUCAGUUCUAUAGUUGUAUCGGUUGACGAAGCAAUCGUAACUUGAUAUUUACACUAGCCCUGUCUCGAGUUGUUAUUUAAUAGUUAUUAGAAACUGAUUUUAUUAAAGAAAUAAGUAAGCAUUAUUAUAAUAUAUUUCUAUAAACAUACCUUACAAGUCAACCUCUACCAAGUUGUUACUUGCAUUAGCGUUAGGAUUGUUUUUACCAGAAUAAUGAAGAUGGUAAUGGUAACGCACAUUCAUUCAAAUGGGACAAUAUUGCAUAUAGUUUAGGGUAAGUUCUCGUCAACCGAUAUAUCUAAAUUGCACGUAAUGCGUAUCGGAAAUACGUCAUAAACAAGGUGAGAUGUAUGUCUGUAUGAUCGCCUCCCUAUUACAUUUGUCGAAAUUAAUUCGUCAUUUUCGACAAAUACAUGUGUAGUUAUGUUAACAUCAUCCGAUAUUUACGAUACGCACACCGUUCCGUGCUGGUUAUAUAAAUAUAUAAGAAUGUUGUUCGAUGAAGUACGUGCCUAAGCAAACAAUAAUCAAUCGUUGUUGUUACAUUUCUUUAACAAUAUGAUGACCAUGUAAAUACGGCGCUGUUCGUAGUAUAAUAAAAAAUCGUUUUUA